UGCUCCCAUAUGCUAGCAACGUGUGGAUUAUUUAGAGAUACAAACGUAUUAAAAUAACUAUCUAAAGGUUUUAGAUCGAGCUUAACAUUUCUUAUUACCGAGCGCCCACUUUAAGUUUAUAAUUUAGAUAUAGUUUUUAUGUGAAUAUUAUCCCUCGUAAAUUAUGAAGACGAAAUCCUCUCACCACAAGUCUGAGAACACAUUUAAGUUUCUCACAUUCUCAGAAAGAUUAGCGAAUGUUAAUAUUGAUAUAAUCCAUCGUAUUGAUAGGACCCAGAGCUAUUCAGAGGAAGUUGAAACUCAUUUCUAUGAAGGAUUACAGAAAUGGAGAGAUCUGAAUCUCACACAGAAUUUUGUUACAUUUUAUAGGGAAGUGUCCCACAAAUGCCAGUCAUUCCACCUGCUGGUUUACCAUCAGAAAGAUAUAGUGCAAAGUUUGAAGACUCAUCUAAAAGUAAAAAACAGCCUUGCUUAUCAACCCUUGCUUGAUCUUGUGGUACAGCUGGCAAGGGACCUUCAGACUGACUUCUACCCCCAUUUCAAAGACUUUUUCUUGGCUAUUUCAUCGCUGCUGGAUACCAAAGACACAGAGCUAUUAGAAUGGGCCUUCACUUCUCUUUCUUACCUAUACAAGUACCUCUGGAGAAUGAUGGUAAAAGACAUGCCAGCAAUAUACAGCCUGUACAGCACCUUACUGGCUCAUCACAAAGCACACAUCAGAAAUUUUGCAGCAGAGAGUUUUGCAUUUUUAUUGAGGAAGGUGCCAGAUCUAAAUGGGCUCUUCAAUGUUAUGUUUUUGGAUCUUAAAAAACAUCCCCAGAAAGCUGAAGGUUUGGGACAACUGUUGUUUGAAAUGUGCAAGGGGGUACAAAAUAUGUUCCACUCUUCUGCCCCGAAGGCUAUAAAACUAAUAUUACAGAAGUUGGGACCUAUCACUGAGAUUCAAGAAAUUCUGCCUUGGAGUCUUGUUGGAGAAACGCUUAAACACUUUGUGCAGUCUUCAUCUACCUAUAUUUAUAAAGAACAUUUUGAACCGUUGUUUAAAAAUAUUCAGGAAUCCCUGCUAGAACUUUCAUCCCAAAUGGUUCCAAGUCAAAGUGUUGAAUGUUCAGAACAAAUAGAGAGACUAUUGGAAGCAUAUUCCAUACUCGUGGAUCAUGGGCGGGGCUCAAAGAUCCCACAGCCAGAACAGACAUGUCAGACUAUGACAGAAAUGCUGAAAGUACCCGAUCUUUCAUUAUCAUGUGGUCGCCGUCUUCUGAAUAUCAUGGCAGCUUUACUUCUCAGUGAUAACAUUUCCUUGUCAGAAUCCGAGAUAAAAAGAGCUGUAAAUAAGGUCUUUGAAAGUGUAUUGGCGAGAUGUCUAAUUUUGGAGUUCUCAGAAAAAAUGUUCCAAAUGAGGCAGUUUGAGCAGCAUUUUCUUCCAAACCUCUUGAAGUAUAUUCUUCCAUUUUUUACAAAAGAAGAUGCUCUUGCCAAGAGUGAGGUGAUGGUCAUGUUGGCAAAACUUGUGUUGGCAAAAGCUGAACCACCCACUGUUGCUUCAAUGGCCUUUGAAAAAUAUCCUCUCUUUGUUUCGCAACAAACAACAGAGAAAUCAAACGGAUCACACUCAGCAGUGCUGGACUAUGUAUUAUCUUUGAUUCAGUCGUCCGCAAGUCAAGAAAUUGAAGAUCUGUCAAACCUCUGGGCUGCACUGAUUGUUCUGCCUCAUUUACGGCCGCUAGAGAAGGACAACAUUCUAGCACUUCUAACAAGCUUUAUAGAAACAUUUUUUUCUUCAAUAUGUCAAGAGAAAGCCACCAAUGAGAUCCUGUUUGUAGCUUGUCAAGCUGUAAGCUCUGUGCUCAGUUUGGAUGAAUCUCUUAAAAUUGUCAACAUGGUUCCUGUGGAGCGCAUAAGGAGCUUAUUGCUUGUUUUCCCCACUGAUCCGUCUGUCUUGCUGCUGGCAGAUCUCUACUUCACCAGAUUAGUAUUCUGUGGCUGUCAAGAUCAGCUUUCGCACAGUAAUCUAAUGGAAAUAUUUUCUAAGCUACAGUUUAAUAUUUCAUCAAACUCAUCAAAGUUGCGCCUUUUAACAAUAAGGAUUUUAAGCCACUUUGAAGUUCAGUGUUCUGCAAGUCCUGAGGAGUCCGGUUACAGGGAGACUCCGUCACUGUUUUCAAUACUGCUGCAAGCUGAACUUGUUCCUGCCACAGUUCGUGAAUAUCGGGAGAAACUUCUUCACUUACGGAAGCUGAGGCAUGAUCUUGUGCAAAGAGUUGCAAAGGAAGACUUUUGUGAGGUGCCUCUGCGAUACCUGUUGGCGAUGUUAUUUGUUAAUUUCAGCCCUCUUUGGGAACCAGUAAUAGAACUUGUUAAUUCUCAUGCAAAUGAAAUGGAGAAUAAAUCUUUUUGGAGAGUAUUCUAUGAACAGUUGAUGAAGUCAGCCGACCAUGCAGAGAAAGAACUACAAGAUGAACUCAAGGAGGAAUCUAACUGCAGCCUUAGUCUGGGAUCUGAGAAUUCCCCUGCAGGAGUCAGGACCUUAUUUGAUGUUGUGUUGAAACUGAGGACAGGAAUAAAUGACCGGACAGAUUACACCAAUUUCCGGUUCCUUCUUUGGAAGUCGAUGGCCCUCUUCCCUGACCGGGUGGAACCAAGGUCCAGAGAGCUAUCCCCACUGUUUCUCAGAUUUAUUGGCAAUGAAUAUUAUCCUGCUGAUUUACUGGUGGCUCCGUCCCAAGACCUGAGGAAAAGGAAUCUAGAGAAGCCCAGUACUGAAGAUGAGGGUAACGCACUAGAAGAGGACACUAUAGUGGAGGAAGAGGAUGAUGCAGCAUUGGAUGAAAGAAAAACUGCAGGUUCACAGAAAAUGAAAACUAGACGAGCUGCUUCAAAGCAGCUGAUAGCCCAUCUGACAGUUUUUUCCAAGUUUUCGAAUCCUCGUUCUCUGUACAUGGAACCCAAGUUGCAAGAUAUCUAUACACAGUUGCUGAGCCACCACGAUCAGAAUGUGCAGAAAGUUGCCUUGGAUUGUGUGCUAAGCUACAAACAUCCACAUGUGCUGCCAUACAGAGAGAACUUGCAAAGAUUACUUGAAGAUAAGAACUUCAAGGAAGAACUUGUACAUUUCAGUGUUUCCGAAGAAAGUUCUAUAGUAAAAUCCGUUCAUAGAUCUGAUUUAAUGCCUGUUCUAAUGAGGAUUCUGUACGGCCGCAUGAGAAGCAAAACUGGCAGCAAAUCACAAGGGAAAUCUGCUGCAGGAAUGCGCAUGUCAAUUGUUUUAAGGUUCCUGGCUGGUUCACUUCCCGAGGAGAUCCGAAUGUUUCUAGACCUUCUGUUUGAGCCUGUGAGGCAUCUGAAAGAUGGACAGUGUCUUGCCUCUGUGCUGCACGCUGUAGAGAGCUUGGAUAUUUCAAAGGUUCUGCCUUUAGGACGUCAGCACAGCUUGCUCAAUAGUUUGGAGAUUGUAUUAAAAAACCUGGGUCAUUUGAUUAGUCCAUAUUUACCGGAGAUGCUACAGAUAUUAUUGUGCAUGACUGCAACAGCGUCUCAUCUUCUUGAGCAGAGAGAGAAGAUCCAGCUAAAAUGUAUAAACCCUUUAAAAAAUUUAAGACGCCUGGGCAUCAAGCAUAUAGUGGAAUACUUUGUGGAUUUUGACACAUACCCCUUUUCUUCUGAUGAGAUUGAUGCAAUAUUUCACGCAGUGGUAUGGCCACAGAUUACCAGACUUGCUGCCGAAAGUCAAUAUUCCCCUUCAAUGGUACUAAAGUUAAUACAUGCAUGGAGCAAAAAUAGCAGAUAUUUUCCUUUACUUGCCAAGCAAAAGCCUGGCCAGAUAGAGUAUGAUGCACUGAAAAAUACUUUUGCCCUCCUAUCAACAAAGAACUUGUCAGAGGCAACGGCUGGCGUUCUAGUAGAUAUUAUUGACAACCUUCUGAACACUUCAGAUUUUGAGGCUACAGAAAACUUUUCAAGUUUAAUAGUAAAUGAUUGCUGUGUCCCUAAGGUAGCAGAUAUAAAUGAAGAGUCUCCAUCCAUUGGUGUCAGACUGAUUCUACCACAUAUCUCUGAAAUUCUCCAGUAUCUGAAUAAAAGUAUGUUGAAUAUAGAAAAAAUGAGGAAAAAGAAGUUUGGCUCACAAGUCGGCAAAGAGCUCAACAUCCUUUCUAAGAUCAGCAAGUUUAUUCAGGAUAACGAGCAGAGUACUGUGCUCAUUGGCCUGCUUCUUUCUUACCUGCGUAGAAGUACUCUCCCUCAGGAUACAGAGAUUGAUAUUUUGGAGACUGUGCAGAAUUUGUUACGUCAUUGCUCAAACCCAUCAAGCUUUCUGAAACCUCUAGGAAGACUGUUUGCUGUCAUCCAGAAUAAAUCGUCUCGCCAGACAUUGUGUACUACCUUUCAGGUGUUGUCUGAACUGAAUCCUGAGCUAGAAUAUAUUACUGGAGUGAUAACCAAGUUGAAUGCAUAUGACAGAAGACAUUUGGAUGAGAUCCACUUUGAUGUUCGUCUAACAGCUUUCCAAAAAGCUACAGCUGGUAUAAAAGAAAUUAAGGAGCUUGACAUGAAUUAUAUAAUCCCCCUUAUGUAUAACUGCUUCUACACUAUUCAGCUUGGAGAGAUGUCUCUAAGUGACAAUGCAAGCCUUUGUCUUAUCAGCAUAAUCAAACAACUGGCAGCCUCAGAUCAUAACGAGAACUUGUUCAGAGAAAUCGUACAGCGCACAUUGUUAGAGAACGUGAAAACAGGGCUCAAAAGCAAGGUGGAGAGCAUUCAACAGGACUAUACAACUUUGCUUUGUAAUUUGAUUCGCACAUUUCCUAAACAUCCAGAGUUUGCAGACAUGGUUCAGCUUACAGACUACAAUGAUCCAGAAAUGGACUUCUUUGAAAAUAUGAAACAUAUUCAGAUUCACAGGAGAGCGCGAGCAUUGAGAAAACUAGCAAAACACCUUGCAGAGGAGAAAGUGGUACUAUCCUCAAAAUCUCUCCAAAACUACAUCAUGCCUUACGCCACAACUACUCUGUUUGAUGAGAAAAUGCAUAAGUAUGAAAAUAUGAUCAGUGCAUCUGUAGAGAUGGUUGGAUCUGUGUGUAAACAUCUGUCGUGGUCUGCAUAUAUGUUCUAUUUAAAACAUUUUAUUCAUGUGCUUCAGACUGGACAAAUCAUUCAAAAAUUGGGUGUCACGUUACUAGUAACAGCACUUGAUUCAUUUCACUUUGACCAUAACACUUUGGAAAAGCAACUACAAGCAGCAGAGAAUGUGGAAGAAAAAAUGGAUACUGAGCAUAUGGUGGAGGAUGAAGAACCAAUGGAGUUAGGAGCUGAGGAGGAAGAGCAAAAGACCGGAGAAGAAAGUGCUCCUCUUGAUAAUGCUACAGAUGAGAUUAAAUCUGGAGGGAUGGAAAAUGGCAAAAGAAAGAACAUAUCAGUGACUUCCCUUCCAAGAAACAAAGAAGAGUUAGAAAGUCUGAUCAAACAUAUUCAAGAGACCGUCACCAGUAACCUCAUCCCAAAGCUGCAGAAAUGUCUGGAUGCAAAGGUGAAAAGUGAUGAAGAGCAUAAAUUGGUGAAAUCCAAGGUGGUCAACGAAGAGGAAGUUGUUAGAGUUCCUCUGGCAUUUGCUUUGGUAAAGUUAAUGCAGACAUUGCCGCCCGACAUUAUGGAGGCCAAUCUACCAAGUAUUCUGCUGAAAAUCUGCGUCCUUUUGAGGAACCGAGCACAAGAAAUCCGUGAUAUUGCCCGAAGUACUUUAAUGAAGAUAUUAGAAACUCUUGGUGCUCGCUAUCUACACUAUGUACUGAAGGAGAUGCAGACGGUGCUUGUAAAGGGAUAUCAGCUCCAUGUAUUGUCUUUCACUGUGAAUCUGUUGCUGAAAGGCGUCGUUGCCACAUUGAAAAGUGGACAAUUAGAUGGCUGCAUGGAAACUCUGCUCCAGAUUUUCAACAAUGAGCUGUUUGGAAAUAUCGCAGAAGAAAAGGAAGUAAAAGGAAUUGUCUCUAAAGUAAUGGAGGCUCGAAGCAGCAAAAGUUAUGACUCGUAUGAACUUCUUGCACAGUUUGUUGGAAAAGACCAAGUGGUAAAACUGAUCCUUCCUUUGAAAGAGGUUUUGGAGAAGACUACAAGUGUGAAACUGUCCCGUAAAGUGCAUGAAGCUCUUCGCAGGAUUGUGUUUGGUUUAAUUGCAAACACUGACAUGACAGCAGAGUCAAUCCUACUUCUAAGUUAUGGACUCAUCAAUGAAAAUCUUCCACUUCUAACCGAAAAAGAAAAAAACAAGCUUGCAGUAACCCUUCCACCAGAUCCUCGUCUUCCCCCACCAAGUUGUCUAUUAAUUCAGCCGGCUAUACCUCGAGGAGGCAAGAAAGCUGCAGUUAGUAGCAAGACAAACCUACAUGUCCUGGUUGAAUCUGGGCUCCGACUGCUUCACAUGAGCAUGAAGAAGUCAAAAGUCAAUUCUUCUAAUCAACAUGUCUUAGAAAUGCUGGAUCCAUUUGUGCCAUUGUUAAUUGACUGCUUGCAGUCCAUGGGUGUAACGGUUAUAACUGGAGCGCUGCAAGCUCUCAUCUGGAUGCUUAAAUUUCCUUUACCCUCGAUUGAAGCAAAUCUUGAGCAGCUAAUAAAGCAGCUUUUUCUUUUGCUUAAAGAUUAUGCAAAAGCCGGAGCAGCCAAGGGGCAGAAUUUCCACUUGGUAGUGAAUUGCUUCAAGUCCGUUACCAUCCUGGUGAGAAAUGCAAAAGGAAAAAUUACAGAGAAACAGUUGCAAGUGUUGCUGGGUUAUGCAGAAGAAGAUCUUUAUGAUUCAUCACGGCAAGCUACUGCCUUCGGUUUAUUAAAGGCUAUUGUAUCAAGAAAGUUAAUGGUCCCUGAACUGGAUGAUGUGAUGCAAAAAGUUGCAAAACUAGCAGUAACUGGCCAGAGUGAGCAAGUCCGAGUCCAGUGUCGACAGAUAUAUCUAAAAUAUCUUAUUGAUUAUCGACUUGGUGAUAAACUAAAGACUAACUUGGAGUUUAUAAUUGCACAACUUAAUUAUGAAUAUGAAACUGGAAGAGAAUCUGCUUUAGAAAUGAUUGCUUAUGUUUUCCAGGCGUUCCCUCAGGGCAUACUGAAUCAGUUCUGUGGCUUGCUCUUUGUCCCGCUUGUAUUGAUGAUGGUAAACGAUGAUUCUCCAAAGUGUAAGAAGAUGGCUGCUUUGACUGGGAAGGCCUUGCUUGGUAAAAUUAGUGAAAAGAAAAAGGACCUGCUGUAUUCAAUGGUCACUCAGUGGUUAAAUCAUGAAAAGUCUACACAGAAAAGGCUUGGUGCCUUGACUUGUGGUUUAUUUGUGGAAACAGAAGGAGUUAAAUUUGAAAGGCGACUUGAUGCUCUUCUUGUAACAAUUGAACAGGAAAUUGAACCUUUACAAUUUGAAGAUAUGAAGGAGGAGUCAGAAGAAAAAGCCGCUGACCGAUUGCUCUUUAGCUUUCUUACAUUAAUAACUAAACUGAUCAAAGAAUGCAAUAUAACACAGCUAACCAAACACAAAGAAAUUACAAAUAAAAUAUGUGCUCAUAUUCAGUCCCAUUUGUGGUAUCCUCACAGCUGGGUUUGGCUUACUUCAUCUCAGAUUUUUGGUAUGCUGUUUGCUUUCCAAAAACCAGAAGAACUCGUCAGUAAAUGGAUGUCAGUAAAGCAAAGAAAACAGCAGACGUCUGCAGAAGCAUCUGCCACAUUCUUACUUGACCAAAUGGAUGCAAAGAUAAAAGAUUUAGCUCUGGCAUUCUGUCAUCAACUGCAUUCGAAAUUCCUUGACCCAUCUCUUGGAGAGCAGGUCAUAAAGAAUUUGUUGUUUGUGGCAAAAGUCCUUUAUCUCCUUAAUCCUGAUGUGAAGCAAACUCACAAUGAAGCAGAAGAAACUGAACAGGAUGCUAUAGAGGACAAAGAAGAAACUAAAAAAGAGAGAGGAGAAGAGCAAGCAGCCACUCUAAGUUGGCUCCUGAAAAAGUUGUCAUUAAUGGCUAAGAGAGAAGCAGCUUACACACCCAAGAAUCCUUUAAAGAGGACGUGUAUUUUCAAAUUCCUUGGAGCUCUUGCUGUAGACCUUGGAAAAGAGAAAGUGAAGCCACUGCUGUCAACAAUAAUUGCUCCUCUCUUUAGAGAGCUGAACAGCACAUAUGCAGAACAAGAUCCAACACUGAAAAAUCUAUCUCAAGAAAUCAUAGACCUUCUAAAGAACUUAGUUGGCCUGGAGAGCUUUUCUUUAGCAUUUGCAGCUGUACAAAAACAAGCUAACCAGAAGCGGGUCAUAAGGAAAAAACAAAAAGCAUUGCAGGCAGUGGCAAACCCUGAAAUGGCUGCUAAGAAGAAGCUGAAGAAACACAAAAACAAAAAGGAGGCUAAAAAAAGGAAAAUUGAAUUCUUACGGCCAGGAUACAAAGCAAAAAAAGCAAGAAGCAAUGUGCUUAAAGAUUUAGCAAUGGUGGAAUAAAAUGAUUUUAAGAAAGCAUCUAUUACUUUGUAUAUAAUAGGUUUAAAUAAAAUGCUGUUAUUUUUGUCUGAAUAUGAUACUAUGUACAGUCACUGACAUGUUUUCUAAUUAAAGAGUAAAAUAUGCAUA